CCGGCGGCGUGGGAGGCAGCUCCGUGCCAAAGGCUGAGCGCACAGAGAGAGGGAGGGAGGGAGAGGCGAGGAGGAGGAGGAGGAGGAAGAAGGAGAAGGGGAGGAGGAGGGAAGGAAGGAAGGAAGGAAGAGCAGAGAGAGCGAUUGAGAAAGAGAGAGAUCGAGAGAGAGCUUCCACGGACAGAAGAGGGGACCAAAAGCGGCGUCGGAUGCCUUGCGCCCUCGGCGAGAAGAGCAAGAGGAAGGCGCCUCCUGCAGGGCGAGCCAACCCCUUGGCCCAUGCCCCACCCGCGGCCUCGGAAGGGAGCCACGCAAGAAACCCGCUGCCGGUGAUGGCCUUGUCCCUGCCACGUACCUUGGGCGAACUCCAGCUGUACCGGGUGUUGCAGCGGGCCAACCUCCUCUCCUACUAUGAGACCUUCAUUCAGCAGGGUGGGGAUGACGUGCAGCAGCUGUGUGAGGCGGGCGAGGAGGAGUUCCUGGAAAUCAUGGCUCUCGUCGGGAUGGCAACCAAGCCGCUCCAUGUCCGGCGCCUCCAGAAAGCCUUGCGGGAAUGGGCCACCAACCCAGGGCUCUUCAAUCAGCCGGUGCCAUCCAUCCCUGUAAGCAGUAUCCCACUCUUCAAGAUCUCCGAGUCAGGAGGGCGCAAGUCGCUUACCAAUGGGCACACCAGCCCAGGAGAGAUCCCCGGCAAAGCCAAUGCGGAGACCCUUUCCAAGAGCCCCUCUGAGCCGAGAGAGAAGCUGUCCCCCUUGCCGAUGAUUCAGUGGGGCAACACAGAGUCAGAAGAGGAAGGGGGGUCAACAUCACCAGGUGAACAUCCCUCACCUGCAGAGCAUCUAGACUCAGAACUGGCCCAGGCAAUAUCGGAGGGUGUGGAUCGCCUUCUGCGUAGCUGCCCCCGUGGCGCUGAUACGGAGCUGAGGACCCUCAUGAAGCUGAACAAAAAGCUGGCGAAAACUGUGGGCCAUAUCUUCCAGAUGGACAGUGGGGAUCCUCGCAAGGAGGAAGAGAUCCGGCGCCACAGUGCCAUCUAUGGACGAGGGGAGGCCCGGCGAUGUGAGGGCAAGCAGCUGACACUUCAUGAGCUGACCAUCAAUGAGGCUGCGGCCCAGUUCUGCCUCCGGGACAAUUCAUUGCUGCUGCGUCGCGUGGAACUCUUCUCACUGUCACGUCAGGUGGCUCGAGAGAGCAGCUAUCUCUCUUCCCUUAAGGGAUCCAGGCUGCAUCCAGAGGAGGGCGGUGGUGGGCAACCCAAGCGACUCAAGCAGGAGGUCGUAGAGCAAAGCCGUCCAGAUCUUCCCUUGGUCUGCGAACCUUUUCUUGCUCAGUACCGAUCCAGCGUAGAGGAAGAUACAGCCAGUUUGUCAGGGGAAAGCUUAGAUGGACACCCACAAGCCACAGGUUCCUGUCCCCGUCUGACACCACCUCCCAACACUGGUACUGAUGCGCUUCUUAGCCUCCCACCCCAUGGGCUGUGGAGCCGCCAUAUCCUGCAGCAGACUCUGAUGGACGAAGGACUACGGUUGGCCCGGCUGGUCUCCCAUGAGCGGCUAGGACGGCUCAGCCCAUGCUUGCCAGGAAAGCCCCAGGUGCCAGAGUUUGGGGAAACUGUUCCUGAGAGGAGCCAGCCUUCAGCAGCACAGCCUGAGGCUCGAAGGAACAGUGUUAAGGUGGAACCAGAGACCAGCCGGCCAUAAGUGGCAAGUGACGCACCGCUCAGUCACCAAGCAAUAACAAAUGUGCCGACGCCAACAACCAUCUCCAGAUUGAAGAGACUCCUGCUGGGGAGAAGUGUGCAAUCCUCCACAUCACCACAAGGAGGCAUAUGCUCAACUUCAUUUGACUGAAGGAGAGCUACCAUGUAGUAACACAACACACCAUUAGUUAACCACUCCCAGUUCUCUUCACUGCAUAGAGAGCAUGCCUGUGCACCCCCUAAGCAGAAAUUAAGACUAUAUAAAUAGGGGAAAUGCUCUGUUGUCAGAAGCCUGUCACCUUAUUAACUCUGCAAAAAAGGGGGGCUGAUAGCCAUGAGCUCAGGGAGGAUGUAUCUCCAGCUGGUUUGGCCCUAUGCGGGGCUACUGGAAGGUCAGUCUCAACUACGCAGCCUUUUCCCUUAGGUGGGGUCAGGGUCUGUAGGGUACACAUAGCCAUCUUUUUUUAAACGCACAUAAAUACACUUUUUACAGAAAGGCAUUCAGUGGCUGAGCUACACACACCGAUCUUCUUCCCAUAUUUCUUAACAGUCAUGAUUUCACUCAUACAUGCCUUCCUUAUAUGUACAUAAAACACGUCAGUUCCAUUGCCCGUCUCUCUUUAGACCACCUAACAACCUAGUUCUAAUGUCUGCACAUUAGGUUGUGUCCCUGUGUGUUGUAUAUCUUAUAGGCAAGGCCAAGUGCAAUCCUAACACAUCAUUAUCCCACCCCUUGUUCUUGAUGUUAUUGGUGUUUAGUCACCGAUAGUACCAAUUAACAUAGUACCGAUUAACUGUUUGGCCCUGUUUUAAAUGCUUCAAAGUGUUUUGCUUCCACGACUGCUCCACAGAGUAUUCUUAGAAUAUUGCACAUGGUCUAUUAACCCCUAAAUUUGAAUUAACUAAUUGCUACAAUUUGUUUGUAGUUGGGCUGCUAGCAGUUACUUUUCUUUCCCUCUUCAGCUGCAUUCUAGCAGCAGAUUCGCAUUUUUGGAGAAUUUACAGAAAUCGUAAGAGAUUCAGGGAUUCAAAUGGACUUCAGUGGCUUUUGACCUGUAAGAUAAUCUAAGGAGGAAACUGAAAGACAAAGGGCUUCUUUCUUGUGUUGUCGAUAGCUUUCAUGGCCGGAAUCACUAGGUUGCCGUGAGUUUUCCGGGUGGUAUGGCCAUGUUCCAGAAGCAUUCUCUCCUGACAUUUCACCCACAUCUGUGACAGGCAUUCUCAGAGGUUGUGAGGUCUGUUGGAAACUAGGCAAGUGAGGUUUAUAUAUCUGUGGAAUGUCCAAGGUGGGAGAAAGAACUCUUAUCUGUUGGAGGCAAGUGUGAAUGUUGCAGUUGGCCACCUUGAUUAGUAUUGAAUGGCCUUGCAGCUUCAAAGCCUGGCUGCUUCCUGCCUAGGCGUCUUUCUUGUCGAGAACUAUGAGAAACACCACCUCAUUCCUCCACUAUAGCCAUUUCUUUCUUUCCUACCCUUGUGCUUUACUGACACAUCUGGGACUUCUCCCUUUUUACUGCUUCAAUGCUAGCAGAAAUAGGAAUGAACAACUGUGAGGUAUCCAAUACCCCAAAAUAAGAAAUGGACUCAACAGCAGCCAUGCAAUUUUGACUAUGUACACGAAGUAAAUGUUGCUUUGUGGAGCUAUUGUCGUAUUUACUCGCAUCUAGCACGCUAUCGAAUGUAAUGCGCAAUGACCCUGAAACCAAAAAACAUAUUUGCUGGUGAAUGUAAUGUGCAAUGGCAAAAAGUGCACUCUUUGUAAUUUGGCCCCAAAAGGUGUGCAUUACAGUUGCAGCGUGCUUAGAAUUGCUUCUUUAGAAACCAAGGUGUUAGGAAACUUAAAUCUUCUAGUAAUUGAAAAGAAAACGAGAGAAAUAGGUAAGCCUUACCUCAAAGAGUCUCUCUGAUUAUCCUGUCUUCUACCUGGUAUGAAUCCAUUCUAUAGAAUGAAUGCCGCUGGACACCAAUUUGAUUGUCCUGGAUUAAUGAAAUGGAAUCCUUGGAGUUGUAAUUCUAUGAGCUCUUUAGCCUUCUCUGCCAAAGGGAGCUGAUUGCUUCCAAAAACUACAAAUCCCAGGAUUCCAUACACAGAAUAAUUGUGUUCUAUGGUCCCUUCUACACUGACUUAUAUCCCAAGACCUGAUUCCAGAUUAUCUGCUUUAACUGGAUUAUAUGAGUCUCCACUGCCAGAUAAUCUGGGAUCAGUUCCUGGGAUAUAGAGGCAGUGUGGAAGGGACCUAAGUGUUCUCAAAUAGCAUGGAUUCUUACAAUAUAGGUGCAUCAUGGGUGAUUCCAAAGUCCUUGGAUGAAUCUACACUGGAAUUAAUGCAGCCUGACACCACUGCCAUGGCUCAAUGCUUUGGAAUUAUGGGGGAAGUAGUUUACAGGGUCUUUAACCUUCUCUGCCAAUGAAUGUUGGUGUCUCAAAAACUACAGCUCUCAAGAUUACAUAGUACUGAGCCAUGGCAAUUAAAAGUCAUGUAAAAUUGCAUUAGGAGCCCCCGGUGGUGCAGUGGGUUAAAGCGCUGAGCUGCUGAGCUUGUUGACCGAAAGGUCACAGAUUUGAUUCCGGGGAGCGGCGUGAGCUUCCGCUGUCAGCCCUAGUUUCUGCCAACCUAGCAGUUUGAAAACAUGCAAAUGUGAGUAGAUCAAUAGGUACUGCUCCGGCAGGAAGGUAACAGCGCUCCAUGCAGUCAUGCCGGCCACAUGACCUUGGAGGUGUCUAUGAACAAUGCCGGCUCUUUGGCUUAGAAAUGAAGAUGAGCACCACACCCUAGAGUUAGACAUGACUGGACUUAAUGUCAGGAGACAACCUAACCUUAAAAUUGCAUUAAUUCUGAUGUGUAUCCCAGGAGGCCUAUACUGGGGUCCUAGACUUUAGUCCCCAAAUCUACUUAGAGCUGCAAAAGUGAACCACAAGCAAAUCUCAGAAAAACUUCCUCUGACGUAGUGGAAGUAAAUAUGGGGACUAAAUAUUCUAAAUGCGAUCACCCGAAAAAUAGGAUUUACAUUCUGUGCCUGCUUACAAUUCUGUGGCUGCCUGCUCUCAGAAUUCUGCAGGAGGAUUUAAGGUGGAAUGAAGUAUAUUGUGAUGAGUUAAACCUAUCUGAUUUUGGAAACUAAGCAAGGUCAGUGUUAAUUAAUAUAAUUAAUAACCAGUUGGU